UCUUCAAUAAUAAUCAUACUUCUGUAUGGGGAUCAUAUUGGGCUGACGGUUAUUGGGGAUAUAAAUGUUGUCGCUCUUUUAUUAAAAAUUCAUAUUGUACGGGUCUGGCUGGUAUCGAAGCUGCAAAUGCUUCUAAUCUCUUGACUGCUUCAGAGAUUCAAAAUGAAGAAGAGUCUUCAAAUAAAAAAUCCCUUGUUGAAAUUCAUUUAGAAAAUAUGAAAAAAUCUAAAUCUAAAAACGUUGAUGACACGAAUAAGCAUCUAAAACGUAAGAAUCUUGGUGAAGGUGAUAUUCAAUUGGACACUAAAAAACUUAAAAAGGCGUUGGAAGAAGAAGAGAGACGAAACAAAAUAAAGAAAUCUGAUUUUAAUCUCGACGAUAGAAAACGACCUUACAAUAGUGCCUAUAUGGGUGGUCACGAUAAAAUCGAUUCUGAUAUUACUGAAGAGGAAUUGGAAGCAUAUCGAUUGAAAAAACAAUCUUACGAGGAUCCCAUGGCAAAUUAUGUUGAUGAAGAGUAG